UGGCGCAGGAGUCGAGACCCUCAUGGGACAACCCCAUGCAGUUUGUGCUGGCCUGCGUGUCCUACGCCGUGGGGCUCGGCAACGUCUGGCGGUUCCCUUACCUGUGCCAAAUGCACGGAGGAGGUGGAUUCUUGAUCCCGUAUCUCAUUAUGCUGCUGGUAGAAGGUGUGCCCUUGUUCUACAUGGAGCUGGCAGUGGGACAGAAGAUGCGCCAGGGAAGCAUUGGGGCAUGGACGGCUAUAAGCCCCUACCUCACUGGAGUUGGUAUAGCCAGCGUGGUGGUGUCCCUCUUUCUCUGCGUUUAUUACAAUGUAAUAAACGCCUGGGCCUUCUGGUAUUUGUUCCAUUCGUUUCAGGAAACUCUUCCCUGGGCUGAGUGUCCCGUUAAUGGCAACCGCACCGCCUUUGUGAGCGAAUGUGAGAAGAGCUCACCCACACAGUACUUCUGGUACAGGGAGACCCUCAACAUCACUCCCUCGAUCGACGAUACGGGGGGCAUCCAGAUGGGACAAGCGUUGUGUCUGCUCCUGGCCUGGCUGGUCGUUUUCCUUUGCAUCAUCAGAGGGACAAAGUCGACUGGGAAAGUGGUGUACGUCACUUCCAUCUUCCCAUACUUCGUCCUCAUCAUCUAUUUGAUUCGUGGGGUCACCCUUCAUGGAGCGGUCAACGGACUGAAAUACAUGUUCACCCCCAAGCUUACAGAACUUGCCAACCCCAAAGCCUGGGUGAACGCCGCCACGCAGAUCUUCUUCUCCUUGGGGCUCGGCUUUGGGAGUCUGAUCGCCUUCGCCAGCUUCAACCAGCCCAACAACAACUUUGAGAAGCAGGCCAUCGUCGUGUCGCUGAUCAACAGUGGCACCUCCAUAUUUGCCAGCAUCGUCACAUUCUCCAUUUAUGGAUUUAAGGCCACCUUCAACUAUGAAGGCUGCAUAGACAGGAUGAUUCUGCUGCUGAUGAACUCCUUCGACUUGGCUGAAGGGUCUGUGACCGCAGAGAACCUGGGCGACUGGGUCACCCGCCUGAAUGCCACCUACCCAGAGCAGUUUGCGCUGAUUUCUCCGCAGAUGGAGUUCUGUGACCUGGAGUCGGAGCUCGACACGGCUGUGGAGGGGACUGGCCUAGCGUUUAUUGUGUACAGCGAGGCCAUCAAGAACAUGGAGAUCUCCCAGCUCUGGUCGGUGUUGUACUUCACCAUGUUGCUGAUGCUGGGCAUUGGGAGCAUGCUGGGAAACGUGGCGGCCAUAAUCACUCCCUUACGAGACUGGCAGUUUCUCUCCAGGCAUCUCCAGCAGGAGACCCUCGCAGGACUCGUCUGUCUGCUGUGCUUUGUCAUCGGCCUCGGGUUCACCUCCCGUUCAGGAAAUUACUGGUUUGCCAUUUUCAACGACUACGCAGUCACCCUGUCCCUGCUCUUCAUCGUCCUCAUUGAAAUCCUAAGUGUCUGCUACAUUUAUGGCUUAAAGAGGUUUGAGGAGGACAUCAGCAUGAUGAUCGGUCAUCUGCCACACUGGUACUGGAGGGUCACCUGGUCCGUCGUCAGCCCCCUGCUGAUUGUCGGCUUGCUCAUAUUUUACAUGAUAGACUACAUCACUGGUGGAACUCCGACCUAUCAAGCGUGGGACGAACUCCAGGGGCGCACGGUGAAGAAGGAAUACCCACCCUACACCCAGGCGUUCAUUGGUAUUCUCGUGAUUGCCUCCAUGAUCUGUGUGCCACUGGUCGCCUUAGUCACCUUCUUCAAAAGGAAGAGUCACCGCCCAAAAGAAGGCGCUAUAAGUACCAUCACCUAGACGACCAACGCACAGGCUCCUGCAGGACCCUCUCCGGGCCGCGCCCACGGCUACGUCAAGACCACCUUUCAAGUGCCUCACCAGCAACACCAGGACCCACCACAGCUCAGUGUGGCUAAU